AUGGCAAUCGACAUACCCAGAACGCCGCUCUUUGAGGCAACCCCCGACACUCCCAGUGUCGCACCCACCAUACUCUGCAUCUCAGCAGAGCUCCUCGACAUGAUACUAGAAUCACUGUCCAAAAAAGACUUGUACAGUACAUGUCUUGUCAAUAAGCACUUGCGGUCGCAUGCAGAGCGUUUCCUCUACUUCAAGGUCUGCUGGAAGUGGUGCUCAAAUGCGCCUGAAGCGUUUAACGUGACGCAUCCCGCCAGACCUUACUUGCAGAUCAAGACUAUUUCGUGCGGAACAGGUGCGCCUGAAGUGCAUACCGUAAAUCCUCCUAGGCCUACCAUACCUUUCUUGCAGAGCAUUUCCCGCCGAGCAGCCCUUGAAGCUUCCAUGCAGAGCAUUUCGCGCCGCACAGAUGCGCUUGAAGCUGAUACCGCAACAACGCCUCCUGCCAUAUCUUUCUUGCAGAGCAUUUCGCGCCGACCAGAGCUUGCAGACUUUGUGCAAGAAGCCGCGUUGACCCGUUAUCCCGAGAUCUGGAGGCCGGAAUAUGACAAAGAUUACGCAACACUACGCUCCAUAAUUUUGGAGAAGACGGAGAUUCCCUACCAGUUGUCUUGGGUUACAGAAUCACAAAGUGGUAGUCUAGAUGCCUCUGUCGCACUCAUACUAGCUCAAGCCCGAAACAUAAAACGACUUGAGAUACCUGAGGCUCUUCUCAUGACCAACAGUCUCACAGGCAUGGUCAUCAAGUCGGAUUUGUUCGGGUCUGCACAUCAGCUGACCACCAAACCAAACGUUCUGUGUCGUCUGUCCAACCUGGAAGUCCGGUGCUGGAAGUUCCAUCGGCAAUACAGAGAGCCAAGCAAUCAAUUGGACCCUUUAUUUUGGUUCUACCUGCCCUCUAUCCAGAGCAUUUCGGUUUUCAUCGACAAUCCCACGACUUUCUCUUGGCCUGGGGCGUUUCCGCCAACACCCUCGAACCUCACAACCUUGGAGUUAGACAUACUACGCGAAGGACAUCUCGGCCGGGUGCUUUCUGUGACCAAAAAUCUAAGACGUCUUGCGUGGACGUGGUCCUUUGACCCAGACACGGCCGGCCCCUUCAUGACAAAUACUAUUGAUCUCACACAGAUUGCCUCAGACCUCUCUCAUGUACAGCAUACCCUCACUUGUCUGGAAAUCAAGGGUGCGAAUAUGCCACGCCAAUCUACAUAUAGACAUUCGCCGCUGCAUUUGAAGGGGUCCCUCGAGCCACUCGCGAGCUUUUGCAAGCUUGAAGACCUGCGAGUCCCAUUUGCAUUCUUGACGAGAUGCUUGGCAGCAGAGAAGAUGCACCCUAUACACCAUUCUCUACCCAGCAACCUCCAGCACCUAGAGAUCUCUUCCGACCUCAUGACAUUAGGGGUUGACGGGGUCAGUUACCCCUUCUCUCGCCCAGCUAUCCAAGCAUACAUUACAGCAUGGCUGGAAGACUACAAACCGUCCGCACCACAUCUCUUGGGGGUCGAUCUUCGGUUCAUGGGGACACAGGGCUCUAGAAUGGCGUCAAUGCUAGCAGAAUGGAUGCAGAGGAUGAGAGAUGUGCCUACAGACACAGCUAGCUACAACCAUAUGCCCACUGCAUUGGAAGCAUACUACAAUCCACCGAUCCAUAAUGUACUCAUCCGGUAUGAUCCCUCAGCGGAUUCUUAA